UCUUUUUCUUUCUUCUCUCUACACUCCUCUUUCAACCAUGACUAUCAGCAACAACUUCCCCAUCGGCUACUUUUACAUCGUCUCCAGACUGAAUGGUUUGGUUGUGGAUGUUCAGGAUCCCGAGAACGCCAAGGUUGGAUCCCACAUUGUCAUGGCCACAAAGAAGCCCGAGUCGCCUGAGCGCGAUAGCCAGCUUUUCAUCCACCAAAACGGAUUCUUGACAAACAAGCUUACGGGUCAUGUUCUGGACAUUGACCGAUCGGGCACCUUCAUGGCCAUCUUCACUGGCGAAGAGCACUUGUUCUUGGACGGUAUGAAGGAGGCAGAUGAUGCCGAGGAUCAACGCUUCGCUUACGAUAUCGAGCACGGAUUCAUCUACUCGCUCGCUGACCCCAAGACUGUCUUCGAUAUCAAGGGCUCCAAGGAGGAGGAAAGCGGUCGCGUUAUGGUUUACAAGCGCAAGGAAGACCUUUCUGAAGCAACCAACCAGUUAUGGACUCUUGAGCUUAGUGAUCCACCACGCCCUGCAGAUGAGGACGAUUCAUCUGAUGAAGAAGACAGCACUUCGGCUCGCGUGAGCGCUUGGUUUGGAUCGUGGUCUGGAUGGAAGAAAUCGCGCAAGGAUGAGGCCUUGAAUGAGCGUGACCUGGAACGAGCUGCUGAAAAGGUUGAGAAGAAAAAGAAGAAGAAAUCCCAUAUGAGCUACAACUUGAUGGCCGGUGCCGCUGCCUUUGCUGCCGUUAAGGCAUGGGAGAACAAGCAAGAGGAAGACGGCCAGCCCAUGGAGCACGCUAUGGCAAAGAAACUGAUCGCCACCUUUGCUGCAGCUGAGAUCACAAAGCUUAUUCAAGAACGUGGCAGCGACUCAGAUGAUGAGGAUGAGGAUGAAGAGAAGAAGGAAGAAAAGCAGAAGAAGAAGAGUGGCUUGAUGGAGAAGAUGGCUAAAGCUGCUGCUAUGAACUACUUUGAAAAGAAAUACAUGUCUUAAAGAUUAUUUCAGUACAAAAUAAAGUUUUGCGUACCAACGUAGGAAGUUGUUGGUUUCAAAGUUGCGG